AUGAAGCCAACGCUAAUUCCCCUGUUGUUAGUUCUCGCAGUUGCUUGGCCCCCUGCUCUCUGCACCCAAUCAGACAGCCCUCCUCUCCAGCCCGAACCUGUAGUCGAAACCCGGUCCCGGUUUGCUGCCCUUGAUGACGUGCGGCUCCUAGCGAACGGUCUCCUCCAGCUCGGCCAGAGCCUCCGGGAGUUUGUUCACAAGACUAAGGAAGAGAUCAGCGACAUCUUCCAGAAGCUCAACAUCUUUGAUCGCACCUUCUACCAGCUAACCGUGCUGGCCAGCAAGAUUAAGGAGGAGGAAGAGGAGCUCAAAAAGACCACGGUGGUGCUUAAGGCCAACAAUGACGAGAUUAAGAGCCUGUCUCUGCAGAUCAGCUCCAAAGUGGACAGCAUCCUAGAGGAGAGGAGCCAGCUACAGAGCAAAGUGGGAGGCCUGGAGGAAAAGCUGAGCAGCCUGUCCCAGGGAAUGGUGACCACUGAACAAGUGACCGAGAUCAAUGCCCUCAAGGAGGUGAUUCACAGCCAGGAGCACAGCAUCACAGAGCUGCUGAAGGCUGUGAAAGAACAGAGUGACCAGCUCAACUACCAGAGGCUAAAGAUCAGGAGGCUGGAGGAUAAGCUCACUGCCAACACAGUUGCCCAAGAAACCACUGAUAAGAUAUCUGACGUCUCUGACUCUGAAACCGCACUCCUGACGCCGUCGUAUCGGACAACAAAAUCAGCCGACACUAAAGAAACUUAUGACUGCAGUCAACUGUUUGACAGAGGGGAACGUGUCAGUGGUGUCUAUGCCAUCAGACCCAAUCAAUCAGAAGCCUUCAUGGUCUUCUGUGACAUGAGCAAAGAUGGGGGAGCAACAGUCAUCCAGAGAAGAAUGGACGGGUCAGUGAGCUUUGAUCAGACCUGGGAAAAAUAUGAGAAUGGUUUUGGAGAUUUUCAUGGUGAGUUUUGGCUAGGUCUUAAGAAGAUCUAUACCCUCGCCAAGCAGGGCAACUCUUUCCUUCAAAUCCAGCUGGAGGACUGGAAACAGGUGAAACAAUUCAUCGAAUACAACUUCUCUCUGGAGGGCCCCGAGAACAACUACACCAUUCAUCUCACCCACAUUUCUGGGGAUCUGCCCGAUGCCAUGGCCAACCAGACAGGCAUGAUGUUUUCCACCAAGGACAGGGACAAUGACAACCAUCAGGACUCAAACUGCGCCUACGACUACACAGGUGGCUGGUGGUUUAAUGCUUGUGGAGACACCAACCUGAAUGGGAGGUACAUCCACAUGAGGCCAAAGGGCCGGUUGGAGCGCAGGAAGGGGAUUCACUGGCGGCCGAGCCGAAGAACUCCCUACUCUCUCUGCUUCACUCAGAUCUCCAUCUACUCUUUAGCAGCUGCCAGCACCACCUCCUCUUCUCCAGCGUCUACUGAGACAGGCCCCUUCCUCUGAAGUAACACAG